GUGUGCUCUCGACCGGCGUCGAGUGCUACCCCCCCCGUCCUAACAGGCUGCAACCAUGGGUAAAGUUAUCCGUGGGCAGAGGAAGGGUAAGGGAGGUAUCUUCACCUCCCACACGCGCCUCCGCAAGGGGCCCGUGAAGCUCCGCAAGCUCGACUACGCGGAGCGCCACGGCUACAUCAAGGGCGUCGUGAAGGACCUCAUCCACGAGCCCGGAAGGGGCGCGCCGCUGGCGAGGGUCCAGUUCCAGAACCCCUACAAGUUCAAGCGGGACAACGAGCUGAUCGUGGCUGUGGAGGGCAUGUACUCCGGGCAGUUCAUCUACUGCGGGAAGAAGGCCUCCCUCACCGUCGGCAACAUCAUGCCCGUGGGCUCCAUGCCCGAGGGUACCGUCUGCUCCUCCAUCGAGGCCAAGGUGGGCGACCGCGGCACCUUCGCGCGCUGCUCCGGCGACUACGCCGUCCUCAUCUCGCACGAUGAGGAGAAGGGCACCACCAAGCUCCGCCUGCCCUCGGGCUCCAAGAAGACCAUCAGCUCGGACUGCCGCGCCAUGGUCGGCAUCGUCGCGGGCGGCGGGAGGACCGACAAGCCCAUGCUCAAGGCCGGGCGCGCUUACCACAAGUACCGCGUCAAGCGCAACGAGUGGCCCCACGUGCGUGGUGUGGCGAUGAACCCCGUGGAGCACCCCUUCGGUGGUGGUAACCACCAGCACAUCGGGCACCCCUCGACGGCCAACCGCCUCGCCUCGGCCGGUCAAAAGGUCGGUCUCAUCGCCGCCCGCCGCACCGGCCGCCUGAGGGGCAUCCGCACGGAGAAGGAAUAAGCGCCGAUCCCUGACUUAAAUGUGACGGUAGACCGGUUUUGUUCUUGGACCUUUGAGCACGCUCCGGAGAAAGGAGGACGUUUCCAGCUGAAUGUUCGCACGGCGUUUUUUGUGCUUUUUUGAAUUUCCUGAUUUCAUGUACCCCCGCCCCCCGCCCCCCCGAGUGGUUUUCUCUCGGUUGCGGAAGGAGGAUGGACUGCGUCCGUUGGUAGCCGAUUGGCCCUCUAGGAUAGCAGAGGGUUUCGUUGUGACUGUUGCUCUUCGCGAGUUUCAUGUGUGUCCCACCAUGGCGCAUACGAAAAUGGCGAAAGCACGGUAGACGGUUUACUUCGAAGGAGUUGCUGGGGGGUUCGGUGGUUUCAGAGACGUCCCGUGUUAUUUUUUCAGUUGGUGACUUUCUUUGUCUCGAGCUUGUGCUCUUGUUCAUUUUGUGGGAUCACUUCUUUCGCUAGCCACGGGAGAGGGUAUGCUCUGUUCGCAAUCUGUCGAAGCACGACACAAAAAAAAAGCUUGAACACCACAAGGAGGAAACGUUUCGCCUCGUCGCGUCCUCGCACCACAAUAUCGUAGUGGCUGGGUCAUUCUAGCGGUAUACGGCCAGGAUUGCAUCCUGUCUUCAUUAUCCCCCGAUGCAUCUUCGGGCGAGAAAAUAGGUCACCGAUGAUUUUCGCACGGGGUUGUUGUUCUGUAUGCAGAUUUCUCGUGGAAAUUGGCUGGUCAACCUUGCACGCAAUGGUCGCAGGGUUUGUAUGUUUCGGUCGCAGUUUGACCCUGGCCGUCCAUGCCAUCUCCUGAGUUCUACAGCCAAUGAACAGCCUCAAACAUAGAAACCAUGCGCGCGACGAACCGAGGUGCAUUGAAAGGGAGACUACGUCAAUCUAAAGUCGCAAGGGGAC